AUGUCGCUCAAUGGGUUAGAUGGUCCCGCUGUCAUCGAUGCCUAUCAAAGUGCCUUGUCGGAGGCAGGAGGAUGGCUCCUUCUCAAAUAUGCGUCCAGAGACGAGGUCACCUUGCUAGGCCGAGGGACCGGCGGUGUACCGGAUGUACGAGCGACGGUGGAAGGUUAUGAGGAGAAAUCGCCCUUAUACGGCUUUUUACAAUAUCGCAGGAGGAAGAUAGUGCUCAAAUAUGUCCCUGAUGGAAUGUCACGGCUAGUUCAAGCCCGUACAACAGUUCAAUUCCAGUCAAUUCUUGACAAGUUCUCCCCUCAAGACACCACCUUCGAAUUCAAAUCGCCAGGCGACCUCACCGAAAGUGCUCUUUCGUCAGCUUGUCUGCUGCAUGCAGUAUCCGGGUCAAUUACGUCGUCUUCGAGUUCUUUGCGCCGCCGGCGGUUGAUGGAAAUUGCGGAAGAUGCCGAGGAAGGGCCUCCCCCGACUAGUAGCGGACUUUCUGAGGCGCCUCAAUCGCCGGAGGACACAAACGAUAAACGGCUCAGUCAGGCGUCAGAUGCGACAGCGGUCCCGCCGAAAGCGAAGAAUGAUGAAUCGCCGAAUAUUCCUCCUACCCCUGAAAGUGAAGUAGAUGCUCGAUCAGAAACAGCUUCAGUUCGAUCCAUAUCGCGCAGAAGAUUUCUCGACCAAUUCCAGCAGGAUUCAUUUGAACGCAGGAGCUCCACUCAGUCGAUGAGACCUUCACUUCAAGAGCUACACUACGCGGCCCCCUAUCGUCAAAAAGUGAAGACCGAACAUCGUCCGUCGGCAGACAUAAAUGGUCGCCCACGCACAGCUGGCUCGAUGUCGCGUGGCCAGGAACAUCGUCCUACCGCGGCUUUACCUGCCGGUGUUCGCUCGCGAAAACCUGCUGGUCAUCCUAGCCGACCCAAAUCUACGCCAGACGUACCUCCCGUGCCCACUUUAGCUUCUCUCAGAAAUGCGCCUCCAGUGCCAUUACUGAUUCCUCCACCUACCCUAUCAAUUGGAAAACCUAAGCUUUCGCCAGGUGCAAAGUCAAUGAAUGCGCUUCCGUCAUCUGGGAUGUCUCCAGAAAAACAACGGUUAAUGAAAGCCCUUGAACUUCGCAAAAGGCAAAUGGAAAAGAAGACGCAGGAAUUGCAGAAGAAACAGGAACUGCAGAAGAAACAAGCGCAGAAGGCAGCAGUACAGCCUACGAUCAGUGAAACCGUCGAGGAUAAUGAGAAAAUUGAGCAACCUCCAACAAAGAGUGACACACGCGAGCCGACGCCACCCGAGACUGGUGAUACAACAGCUAUAGAACCACCUGCCGUCAAUACGAAUACAAGUGAAGAUAAGAAACCCCUAUCGGCGGAUAUUGCGAAAGCCGACUCUGCAGUGGAAAUGGUGGUCUUAGCGUCGAAAGAUACGGAGCCUUCUGUUUCCAGCAUCGAGGUAGAAGAAGACGCCGACAAUGACGUAGAAACUACCUCCGACAAGCAGGCAGACGAGCAAGACCUAAAGCCUGAGCUAAAUGAGCAAAGUUCACUACAAGGUGAUGCCAAGUCAGAUACAAAAACUACAAAUGACGAAGAAGAAACGAUGACACCACGGACAACCGAUUCAGACAAUACCAUCAAAGCAUCUGGUCCUCCGGAUGUUGAGGAAGAGGAAACAAAGAUUACAGAUGAAACAGGGGCUACAGCAGAGGCUCCGGUGGUAGAUACCACGAUACAAGAGACCACAGUGGAGACACCAGAGAACAACGAACCAUCAGAGACAUCACAAGCUGGUGACGAGGACGAUCAAACCGAAUUGAUCACAAUUGUCGCUUCAGUGAGUGACCUUAAGCCAGAAUCUCAGGAAGCGACMCCUGCCACAACCGAAGAAGUACAAGAAGUCGAAAACUUGUCGAGUGCAAACUUACAGGCGGAGGACAUCCCUUUACCGCUAGAGUCCGGGGACGAUUUCAAGGACCAAGUUCCAACUAAGGCCGCGCUAGAGCCGGUCUCCACCGUCCAGGAACAACCCCUCCCGCAACCCGAGCAAGCAGAAAUCGAAAAGUCGGAGAAACAGAAACGACUCGCUCUGUUGGAGCCAAUUCAAGUCCCCACGCCUGACUUUUCGGACGAUGAGAAUUUAUUGUCAGACGAUUCAUUGAUGGAGGAGCUGAAAUCUGCCACUGUGCAAGAGGCCCAGCCCGUCUCAGUAGGCAAGGGCCCCUUAUCCGCCGAUGGAGAGCCGCGGACACCGCUCGAAGCCUGGCAGACACGCGCCGUUUCCAACCCAAGUCGACGUCCCAAUGAAUUCAAUUCGCUUUCCGGAGAAACUCGAUCGAUAUCGGCGACGUUUGUGGACAAUAACAAUCAGUCGGUGCGACCGGCACCAGUGAUGCAAGCUAAAAAGGUUAAUGUGUCCUCUGGUAUCUCGAAGCGUAUAAAAGCGCUGGAGAUGUUCUCAAACAGCCCAGCUCCUCCAGGCAGCCUUGCACCUCCAGGUAAUGUCGCUUCGCCGGCAGCAUCGUCGGCUUUUGAAAAAUUCCGCAAGCGCGCAUCUGUGUCCUUGAAUGGUAAUCUCCCUUCAGCGACGACUACUAGUGUCAGGUCAUCUUUCAUUUCUGUCGCCGAGUCCUCACCCCUGAACCGAAGUGACUCGAGAUCACUGCCCAAGACGAAUUCGGUUUCCGUCACUGCACGUAUCGUUCGAGACCCAAGUACUCCUUCAACCGAGCCAAGUGCCAGUCCUCUAGACGCAAACGUCCUCGGCCUUCAACGCAGUCCCCUCAUAGUGCGACAUGAUUCUUUCGAUACUCAAGCAUCGGAACAUGUGCUAUCGGACAGUGCGACCGAGCUUCGAAGUAACAACUUCUCGCGGCCAGGAACCGACACAACCGUUUCUCGUUCGGAAAGUCGAGCUUCUUUACAGUCGCAAGUUGAGGAUUGGAGUAACAGGAACGGGUCGACAGGAGAUUUGGGGUCAAACUCCGAUGACAAGAAAGAUUCUCGUAGGUCUAGGUUCAUGCGACGCAUGUCGUCGUUAAGAUCUCCAACGCGCAAGAGUCUGAUCAGUCCUCCACCUGGAAUAGACAAACAACGAGUACCAUCGCCGCAUGCAGAGGAAUCGGCUCGGUCUGCAUCAGUAGCAGCCAUUGAUAUUGGCGAAGUCAACGUCCAGUUCCCAGACACAUUACUUUGGAAGCGACGAUUCCUGCGGAUCGACGAUCAGGGAUACUUGGUUUUGACACCAGGCAGUAUGGAUACCGGCGCCCGCAAUAUCGUGAAACGGUACCACCUUUCUGAAUUCAAGACACCAUGCCUGCCGGAUGAAGAAAGACAAGAGCUCCCGAAUAGUAUCCUGCUUGAUUUCCGUGAUGGCAGCACCUUACAGUGUGCUUGCGAGUCCCGGAAAGGGCAGGCCGCUGCACUGCAGACACUCGUCAACGCGCACAAUUCCUAUCAAAACUAA